CAGCCGCCAGCCAGACUUUGGUCGUAGGAGCAAACGUGUGGAUGUGUCGUCGGCGCUCUGUGUCAGUUCUCUUCCUCACAAAGCACCGCAAACACCACACUUCCAUAUAUCCACCAUGAGGAUUCACAGGAGUUUAUUUCGGCCGGCCAGGGCACUUAUUGACAAGAAGCUCGAUUUUUAUUCGCAAUUCAACCCGUCGCCACUUUCGAUGAAGCAAUUUACGGAUUUCGGUCGAAAUGCAACCCGGACAGAAUCUUACCUGUUUUUGCGCAAGGAACUUCCCGUCAGAUUAGCCAACAUUAUGAAGGAAUUCAGCCUUCUGCCAGAGAAUUUGCUCCUCAUGCCCUCGACACGGGCUGUGCAAGACCUCUACUGUAAGAGUUUCGAUGAUCUCAUGGAAUUUGAAGGGAAGGAAGCAAAUCCAUCCAUUAUUGACAAAUUCACAGAUGCUCUAACAAAGAUUCGGAAUCGUCACCAGGAUGUUGUCAUGACAAUGGCUCAAGGUGUCAUGGAGCUGAAAGAUGCCCAUCGUAUUGACAAUAAUAUGGAGGCAUACAUCCAGUAUUUUCUUGACAGAUUUUAUAUGAAUCGCAUUUCAAUUAGAAUGUUGAUCAACCAGCAUACAUUACUCUUUGGUGAUAGUAUCAACUCUCACCACCACAUAGGAUGCAUUGAUCCCAGCUGUGAUAUUGUCCGUGUAAUUGAAGAUGCAUAUGGCAAUGCACGCUUCCUCUGUGACCAGUACUACCUCGCUUCGCCAGAACUUGUUGUGAAACACCAUAACGAGCACGACAAGAAGACAAAUUUCAUUAAAGAAGCAGGAAAAUCAGCUGACAGAACAUCAGUAUCUGUUGUGUAUGUUCCAUCUCAUUUAUACCACAUGCUGUUUGAGCUCUUCAAAAAUGCCAUGCGAGCGGUGGUUGAACACCACAGUACAGGAGGAGAUGAUUUCCCUCCACUGGAAGUCCUUCUAGUCAAAGGCAGUGAAGAUCUUACCAUAAAGCUAUCUGACCAGGGUGGUGGCAUUCCAAGAAGUCAUAUGGACCUGUUGUUUAAUUACAUGUAUUCAACAGCACCUCAGCCAGCUGCCUCUGGUAUGGAAACUCCACCUUUAGCAGGCUAUGGGUAUGGUCUUCCACUCUCCAGAUUGUAUGCCAGAUAUUUCCAUGGAGACCUCGUACUAACAUCCUUUGAAGGAUAUGGUACAGAUGCCUGUAUAUUCCUGAAGGCACUAUCCAGUGAAGCUAAUGAGCUGCUUCCAGUAUACAACAAAACUUGUCAACGGCAGUAUUCUACUCCUAUCCAAACACACGACUGGUCUUCACAAGGGCACUCAGCUAUGUUUGUUCGACCAUUUAGCACGAAUUCUUUGAACAAGCUGACCUCUGCAUCAAGUUAAUUUAUAUAUUUAUUAACAGUUUUGUUGAUUUCCUACUUUGGAAAGAUUAGCAUUUAAUGUUAACCACUAUUAAUUUGUAUGGCAGUAUUUAUAUGAUGGUAAAGGACGAGGUCAUACGGAUUAAAAUGUGCAUAGAAGUUGGGAUUUUUCAUCCAUUCAGAUGUUGGUAUGAUUCAGUAAGAUUUCUUUCUUGCACUUAAGUAAAAAGUAGAUUUUAAAUUGGGUCAACAUCUGGUUAUUGAUUAGUACCAAUUGUCAUUUUAGUUGCACAAGAUUUGUUACCAUAAAAUACGCUUUGUUAAACUGCAAGAUGGAAUUUUUAAGCUAGGCACAAUACUCUGUCUGGUGCUUAUGUUUCUUUAGAUGAUUUGACAUACAGCUUGUGGUAGAUGUAGCUUUGCAAAAAUGGAUGAGAAAUUUACCAUUUAUAAAAAAAAAAAAAUAAAGCAGGUUUUCUUUUGACGUAAAGUAAACAAUUCUGUUGCCAUGCCGAAAGCAACAGAUGCCAUGACAAACUUUGAUGUACAAAGCAUAUUUGCAGAAAGGAAAAAUUGUGUGACUAAAAUAGAUAUGAAGUACAGUACAUACAUACUAAUAAUAAGUACUGAUUAUGUGCUCUGAGAACUUUGUUGUAGAGAUGUGUAUGCAUGGUAAAAAUUUAUAUUUCUUUUUUUUUUUUUGUGAUAAUGUAAAUAUUAUUUUUGCUGUAGCAUAAUAUUUUGACAAGGAAGGCAAUAGGGCAAUCAUAUCACAGGUAUCCUGCAGAUAGCUGUAGUAAAACUAAGUAAAUUUCAGAUCUUCUGCAGGUAGCUGCAGUGAAACGAAGUAAAAUUCUUGUAAACUUUUACACUUGUGUAAAGUAUUGAUUGCAGUCUUCUGUCAAUUUUUUUUUAAACCAAGACAAAAAACUAUUGUGUUUUGAUUAGUACUAUUAGAUAAUACAAGUUGUAAGUUUUGUAUGUUACUUUGCAGUGAUUAUUUAGCACAUCCUGUUUUGUAUGAGAGGUAAUUGCAGUAUUAAUGAGUUCUGUAGGUAACUGCAUGUAAGUUAAAGUACGAUCAGUGAUAACCAGGGGUGGAGGAAUUCAUGGCAUUGUGUUGAUUUGUGAAUGUUGACUUUUGUUUUUGCAGGUGACUGAAACCUGUUUGUGAACUAUGAAUGCAUUGUAAAUGUUUGCUUUUAGUCUUAAUAUUUUGUAAAUAGAGAAGAAUUAUUUUUAUUUAAAUAAAAUUUUACAUUUUGGA